CUCCAGUUCGUCGUCGUUGAUGCUCGUCGUGUUUCCGCUAAGAAUUCUGCCGGUUCCUGGCGGUGAAGGUUUUCUAGUCGCAUCCCACUUUAACGAGGGGUUCCUUUCCUCUCCACGGAUCUAUUACCUCGCCUCCGCAUUUUUGGUUUAUCUUGGUCCUUUCUACUCAGCAGCUCCUUUACAAUAUGGCGAGCCAAGCUCCUGCUGACACCCCGGUCGCUUCUGACGCGGCGGUAACUCAGACCCUCCCUGAUCGCACCCAAAACCCCGCUGAUAAGGAUGCUCCCCAGGGAGAUGUCUCGAAGAAUGCCGCAAAGAAGGCCGCGAAGGCUGCAGAGCUCGCCGCUAAGAAGGCUGAGAAGGCUGCCAACAAGGCUGCUGGAAAGCAGGAGCCCAAGAAGCCCGCUGCUGCGAAGGCUCCGAAGAAGAAGAUCGAUGGUGCUGCUCUGAUUGGUAUUGAUGUCUCCAAGGAGGAAGAUUUCCCAGGAUGGUACCAGCAGGUUCUUACAAAGGGCGAUAUGCUCGACUACUAUGACGUUUCGGGAUGCUUCAUUCUCAAGCCCGCUUCGUACUUUAUCUGGGAAGAGAUCCAGGACUGGUUCAAUGCGCGCAUCAAGAAGAUCGGCGUCAAGAACUGCUCGUUCCCUCUGUUUGUCUCUGAGGAUGUUCUGAACAGGGAAAAGGAUCACAUUGAAGGCUUUGCUGCUGAAGUUGCUUGGGUGACUCAUGCUGGCUCUAGCCCUCUCGAAAAAAAGAUUGCUAUUCGUCCGACAUCGGAGACGGUUAUGUACCCGUACUACUCCAAAUGGAUCAGAAGUCACCGUGACCUGCCCCUUAAACUGAACCAGUGGAACUCCGUCGUGCGAUGGGAGUUCAAGAACCCCCAGCCUUUCCUCAGAACCCGUGAGUUCCUUUGGCAAGAAGGACACACGGCUCACUUGACAAAGGAUGGUGCCCAUGAUGAAGUCAUGCACAUCCUCGAUCUAUAUGCUCAGAUUUACGAAGAGCUCCUGGCUGUCCCUGUGGUCAAGGGUCAGAAGACAGAGAAAGAGAAGUUCGCAGGUGGUCUGUACACCACUACCGUUGAAGGUUACAUCCCCGCCACUGGCCGUGGUAUUCAGGGUGGUACCUCCCACGGUCUUGGUCAGAACUUCAGUAAGAUGUUCAACAUCACCGUCGAGGAUCCCUCCGCCAAGGGCGAUGAGAAGAAGCCUCCUCUCCAUGUGUGGCAAAACUCUUGGGGUCUGUCCACCCGUACCCUUGGUGUCAUGGUCAUGAUCCACAGUGACAACCGUGGUCUGGUCCUCCCCCCUCGUGUCGCAGACACCCAAACCGUUAUCGUCCCUGUCGGUAUCACUGCCAAGACCACCGACGAAGAGCGCGAGAAGCUGUACGCCGAAAUCGAUGGUCUCGUUAACGUCCUGACCGGCGCUGGUAUCCGCGCCAUCAGCGACAAGAGAGAGGGUUACUCCCCCGGCUGGAAGUUCAACGACUGGGAGCUCCGCGGUGUGCCCCUGCGCAUUGAGUUCGGCCCCGGCGAGUCCGCCGGCCAAUUUGUCACUGCUGCCCGUCGUGACAUCCCCGGCAAGGAGGGCAAGUCCAGCAUCCAGAUUUCCGAACUCUCCACCGCGGUCCCCGCCCUGCUGGAGCAGAUCCAGAAGGAUCUGUACAACCGUGCAGAGGAGACCUUCCGCACUCACCGCAAACUGAUCACCAACUGGGACGACUUCACCCCAGCCCUCAACAACAAGAACAUCUGUGUCAUCCCCCACUGUCUCACCGAGGAGUGUGAGGAUCAGAUUAAGGACAUGAGCGCCCGCAAGGCAGAGGAAGACUCUGGCAUCGCUGAAGACGCCAAAGCCCCCAGCAUGGGCGCCAAGUCUCUGUGCAUCCCCUUCGAACAGCCCGAGGGCAUCGUCGCGGGCGAGACCAAGUGUGUCAACCCCAACUGCACCCGGCUCGCUGAGAAAUGGUGCAUGUUCGGCCGAUCCUACUAAGCGCAAUAGAUCGUCUCGGUCUUUUCUGCACAAAUGUUAAGUAGCACCUAGCAAGCGCAUUAGAUCAGUCACUAUGAGUUUGAUGACUUAUUUCCUUUCAAUUCCUUUUUCAAAAUUCCAAGUAUCCUUUUGUUGUAUUUGUCUGGCAAAUUGGGACAUCAUCGAAGUAAGAAAGAAAUACUCUAGAACAGAGAAAGAGACGUGCAUAUUAAACGAGAGUUAAGGAGCAGGUAUGGCCAAAAAUAAAGAUACCUUUGUGAUUUACAGGGGGUGGGGGUGGUGAGCUUACAUAUCAAACAAAAUGGUUUUGGGACGCUGAAUGAAUUAUGAGUUGAUGUGAUGUUGAUCUUCUCGGUUGAUAUGAU